AUGGGCAAGACAUUCAGUUCGAAGAAAGAUUAUAAUCGUGCACUUGCUAAACAGCCAAUACAGCCAAUCAGCCUAUCAAAGCUAGACGUAUCCAACGUUCAACAACAACCUCUUGUGGGAACACUUUCUAUUCCCUAUCCCGUACGUAUUUCUGAAUCGACUGAGAAAAUACCUGAUAUUACCCAUCAAUUAUCACCUAUCGAAGAGGUAACAUCGCCAAUCAACGAAUUUAUUCAAUCACCAAGCUUACAUCCGAACAUCAAUCAUUAUCCGAAACAAGAACCUAUCAUUGUUCCUCGUCGCGCGUAUUCUUUGCGAGUUCCUGUGCCACACCGCAAUCAAACGAUGAGUAAUGAUCCAGUAAUCAUACGUCGUUCAGUUGUCAAUUUAAAUAAACAUCGACGAACGAACGAUAAUCAACUAGCAACAUACGCGUCUCGUCCAACGAUUGUUGAACGUAAUGGCAAACAAUUCGUUACAGAAAUAAAAGAACGUAUGGAACGCCGCUAUGUUCAAGUAUUUGACGAAGCGACAGGUCAAAUGAGGCUCUUCGAAGUUACAGACUAUAUUCCAACUCGAACAGUUACGUCUGUACGCAACAGCCCGCAACGAUCAUUUUCGACACGUUCCCCUUUCAAUCAGCGUCCUUCAUCUCGGGGUACAUUGAAUAGUCGACCUGAACCACCAGCAACAUCGACUCUUGUCAAUUUCAGCGAUUUGAAUAAUCGUGGAAAUGUUGCACGACAGUUCGACUUGUAUCAUAGCGGUGCUAACGUAACAUUUAAUGAUAGUAAUAGAAGCAAUACACCACCAACACUUACCUCAAAACAAUCUGGCAGUUCGUCGUAUACGGAAUCUCAAUCGAGAGGAUAUAAUUCAACACCUACAACUCCGAGAACCGUAACCAAUCAAUAUUCGCCAAGCUCAUAUCAAUCGGAAGCACGUUCGUAUCGUCGACACAGUCCGACACCUUCUAAUUAUAGUGUUACAACAACCACCAAUCAAUCUACAGAUGAUGAUUCUGAUAGAGAAAGUGUCGAUCGAGUAUUGACUCCUACUAAUUUUCGUACUCGAAGUACACGAAAUGAUCCACGAACAACGAAUGGAAUAUAUAACGGAGAAAGUUCCUCAUCAGAUCCUGAUCCAUUUGCAAGAGGAAUUCAACCCGGUGAUCAUAAAUAUACACAACGACCAGGGGUGAAUAAUUAUUCUGAGCCCAUGACAUUGAAACAAGGUUUCGCUUCGCUUGGCACUUCCGAUUAUGCGCCAUUGGCACCAAGUCAAGGAAAUCGCAAUCGUCGCCAAAGUUCUCAUACAUAUGAAAGUUAA